AGUAACUUUUACCCUGGCCUGGCUGUCGGUUUUUACGAGGCAGAGCUGCGGCAAUCGAGAAAAAUUGUUUGUUGAAUCGCCGAGGUUCUUGUGUGUUAAAUGCUCUGCCCCAGCAGAGUAGUAACCGAAAUCCGAUCCACGAAAAUUAAAAUCAAGAAUUAAGUAAGCCCGGAAGUGUAAACAACAACAACAACAAGUAAUACGAAAAGAAAAGAAGGAAAUAUCAAUCUUCCUGCUUUUUGGCAGCGGGCCACAAGAAGAAGGAAAGAAAAGUGCGCAAAAAAAAGAAAUGACAACUGCACUUGCAAUUGCAAGAAAGAAUCGAAUAAAAUAAAAAUAAAAAUACGGAAGCCAAGAAAACGUAGCAAUCGUUGAAUAUACACAAAAAUCUACACAUGUAUUGUCGGUUUGAAAGUUCUUCUUUUGUGCAAAAGAAAUAAAAUUUCUCGAAAGAAAUACAUCAACAGCAUCCGCAAGAAUCGAAUCUCUCUGUUCCUCUCUCCCUCUCUCGACGAAGCAGCAGAAGCAGAAAAACAGAAAAAAGAAUCUUUGCUGUCGAUUUGUUGCUACACUAACCACAGCACAGCCCCCCUGUAAUCCAAAACACCCAAAAUUCGCAGAGAUUUAUGCUGAAGGCGAUUCCACAAAAUGGAUUAUAAAUUCAUUGUUUUUAAUGCUGCCCGCGAUAAUAAUCUGAUCCAAUUGAAGGCCACACUGUACAACAAAAGCCACAGCGAGGUGGGCAGCAUCGUUUCGGCUAAAGUGAACGGAGCCACACCGCUGGUCAUCUCCUGCCGCAACGGACACUACGAUAUUGUAGAAUAUUUAUUGACAAAGUGUCGCGCCGAUGUGGAGCAGGUGGGAUCCGUGAGCUUCGAUGGUGAGCCCAUUGAGGAUGCUCCGCCGCUGUGGUGUGCCGCCGCAGCCGGACACUUGGGCAUUGUCAAGAUGCUGGUACGUCGGGCGGCGAAUGUGAACAGCACGACGCGAACGAAUUCAACGCCCCUGCGGGCGGCCUGCUUCGAUGGACACUACGAAAUAGUCAAGUAUUUGGUGCAUCAUGGAGCGGACUUUGAGGUGGCGAAUCGACAUGGACACACCUGCCUGAUGAUCGCCUGCUACAAGGGACACUACCGCAUUGCCCAGUACCUGCUCUCGCUCAAUGCGGAUGUCAAUCGGUGCAGCGUCAAGGGUAACACAGCGUUGCACGACUGCGCCGAGUCGGGCUCCCUGCAGAUCCUGCAGCUGCUGCUGAAGCAUGGCGCCACCAUGGAUGUGGACUACUAUGGAAUGACGCCGCUGCUGGCGGCCAGUGUCACCGGCCACAUGCCCAUUGUGGAGCACCUGAUCACGCUGCCCUGCGUCAGUCGCGAGUCGCGCAUCCAUGCCCUGGAGCUGCUCGGUGCCACAUAUGUGGACAGAAAGCGGGACAUGGCCGCGGCACUCAAUCUGUGGCGACGAGCGCUCGAGGAGCGCAAUGUGGAGCCGCCGCUGUCCAAGAAGGUGCAGGAGCCAGUGCCAGCCUACGAGAUGGUGCGCGAGGUGACCAGCGUGGAGGAGCUGGAGGAGAUGGUGCUCGAUCCCGAUGAGAUGCGAAUGCAGGCGCUGGUCAUACGACAGCGCAUCCUGGGACCCACGCAUCCAGACACCAGCUACUACAUUCGAUUCAGGGGCGCGCACUAUGCCGACGCUGGACGCUUUGAUCGCUGCAUAGAGCUCUGGUCGUACGCGCUGACAAUGCAGCAAAAGAUCCUGCAGCCGCUCAGCCCCAUGACACAGUCGUCGCUCCUCUCCUUCGCCGAGCUCUUCAGCUUCAUGCUGGUCGAGGCGGGACGCCUGCUGCCGCGCGGUCGUGUCGUGCCGCCCAUCGAGGCCGAUGGCAUGCUAACCAUUUUCUACAAGGCCGUCAAGGAGGUGGAACGCGGACAGGCCUUCAAUCUGGAGCAGCAGCAACAGCAGCAGCAGCAGCUGCAGCAGCCACAACAGCAGCUGCUGGCCGCCAGCAAAUCCUGUUCCUCAUCUUCCUCAGCCUCGUCCUCCGCUUCGGCCACCUCCGCCACAACCGCCUCCACAACGCUGCUGUCUGCGCACCAGCACGACUGCAAUCACGACCCGAACGCCCUCAGUCGCACCAUGAUAAGUGCCAUCCACAUUGGCUGUCUGCUCAGCUCGCUGCUGGACACGGACAGCCUCAGUCCGGAGAUGCGCCUCCAGGUGAUGGGCGCCCUGUAUCGGCUGAAUCGUCUCAAGGUGCGCGUGCGCUUCGACCGAACGGCGCUGCAUUAUUCCUGCUAUCGCGAGGGCACACUGGCGGGUCGCUAUCCCUCCUGCCAGUUCCCAUCGACGACGCUGGCCAAGGCGCUGCUGGAGGUGGGCGCCGAUCCGAAUGCCAUCGAUGAUGCGGGCAACACGCCGCUGCAUCUGGCGGCCACACUGCAGCCGUACGUGGAGCCCCUGGCGCACAUAUUGCUCGAGGGUGGAGCGCAUCUGGAUACGAAAAACUUUGCUGGUGAGACAUUCGAGAGCUUGCUGGGCCCCACGCCCAUGCACAAAAUCAUUGAUCCGAUGAAGUACACAACGCUGGCGUGCCUGGCAGCACGGACGAUCAAGCGGCACGAUAUCCACUACGAGGGUGCCGUGCCGGAGACGCUCUACGACUUCAUCGAGCUGCACUAGAGAGGGAGAGCCGUGGACUGGACGAGAGUCGACACACACUCAAUUCACUCGAUCGCUUACACGCUCGAUCAAUCGAUCGCACGCCUGCCCAACCGCCCGCCCGCCCGCCAUCCACCAUACAAAAUAUCUACUACUACUACUACGCCUACGACUACGACGACUACUGUGUCUGAACCGUGUAUAUUUAGAGAUGGAGAGAGAACUACGAAGAUGACGAUGAUGAUGACGACGAGCUGCGGCCCGGCACCCAUGGAGCGCGUUACCAAUUGACUAGGAACUGAUUUGUGAUCCAAGCAGAGUGCCUGUAUCCUGGCUGCAUCGGAUCGGGACAAUGUCUAACGAAUUGACACAACGACAGAACGCACGGCGACAGAAAGCAGACACCAAGCAAGCGCAGCAAAAAUCCAAGUUCCAGCGACCCCGAGAGCAAUGCGGUCUUUGAAUUUUGCUUGCAAAAUAUGUGUAUGAAGCCUUCUUCUAUCUUAACUAUGUGUUCUUGCUAUUCUAAUUAUGAUUAAUAUAAUAUUAUGUGUACCCGUGCCGUGCAGCGACUGCGGCGUGUUCGAGCAGCUUAACCCACGGCCAGGCCAUCGCCGGCGACUCCUCAGAGCUGCUCCGAACACGCCCUGUCGCCACCGCGGCCCCAAAUUUGUUAUAUGCGUAACGAGUAUUUAGUGUUUAUGACCGAAAAACAGAAAUCAACAAAAUGUAAAAAAAAUAUACAAAAAACAACAAAGAAAUCGACCGACCGAGCGACUUUUAAGUGAUGUUUACUGGCGAGAAGAUGAUGAACUAAGUUUUGUAAAUAUACAAACUGUAAUUAACAA